AUGGAUACGGCGGCGCAUCCCGAUCCCGGCCCCGACCCUGAUCCCAACGCCGACCCCGGCCCCGAUCCCAACACCCAAUCCAACCCCGAUCCCAACGCCGACCCCGAUCCCGGCCCCGGUUGCGGCGGCGCCCCACGCGGGUGGGAGAGGAUCGUGACGCAGCGGCGCUCCGGGAAAACGGCGGGAAAAUACGACGUGUGUUUUGUGAGUCCUGGAGGGSAUAAAAUCAGAUCAAAAGGUGCGCUGGUGGAUUAUUUCCAUAAAACGGGGGAGACCACUCUGAAAGUUGAAGACUUCGACUUCACUGCACCGUCCCAGGGCGGUGGCCGCCCGCGGGCCAAGAGAUGCCGCCCAAAAUCUGUGGGGACUGCCCUGCAGAAGGAGGGCUGCCACYCCCACGUGCGGGGCCGCGGCGCGGAGAGCGGCCAAGAAGGCAAAACCCAGGAGCUUCCCACGGGAAGUGAGCCAGAGCCGCUGCAAGGUGCUGCUGGUACAAGCACUUGCGGUAGCAAAGAUUUCAACGUGAAGGAAAGAAAACCAGAGGCCUGUCUGAAAAAUGAAAGUAGAGAGACAGCCAGAAAAAGCGCUUGGAAUAUGAGAACUAGAAGGAGCUCAGAAAAGAGAUAUCCAGAUAAUACCCAACCCAAAAGACAGAGAAAAGUACGUAAUAAGCAAGAAACUAAUUGCGUUCAAAACAAGAAAUUCUGUAGAAAGGACAUAUGUGCUUCUAACAGUCAAGGGGUAGGUGACCCAAAUGCAGACCCUGUGAAYGCAGAAGAACGAAAAGCUCUUUUAAUGGCAGAAUUCCUGAUUUCUGGAUCCCGGUCAGAAAGUCAGCUAGGUACAGUCACAGCUCACUUGGAAAAGGAGGAGCCGAGGGACAUGACURAGCUGGAACAUGCAGAGAAAGGUUUUGCUGACUCAUCUUCCCCAAAAUCUGAGGAGACUGAUGAACUGGAAACAGGGAAAGAGACAGGUCAAGUAAAUCCGGAUAACAUGAUUUUUAAUUCCAGCACUGAAACAAAUGCAAACAGUUUGCAGCCUUGUGACAAGAAAGUCUUUACAGAAGUUAAAAAGCUGCAAGAAGAAUCUAUUCCACGAACACAAGUGGAAAAGAGGAAAACAAGUCCAUAUUUUUCAAGUAAAUACUGCAAAGAAGCUCCAAGCCCACCUAGAAGGAAGGCCUUGAGAAAAUGGACUCCUCCACGUUCUCCUUUUAACUUGGUCCAAGAAACUCUUUUCCACGAUCCAUGGAAACUUCUCAUUGCAACCAUAUUUCUCAAUAAGACUUCAGGUAAGAUGGCAAUUCCUGUGCUCUGGGAGUUCCUCAAGAAAUAUCCUUCUCCUGAAAUAACAAGAAAUGCAGACUGGRAAGAAAUGUCACAGCUGCUCAAACCUCUCGGCCUCUACGAACUCAGAGCGAAAACUAUAAUCAAGUUCUCAGAUGAGUAUCUGACCAAGCAGUGGAGGUACCCCAUUGAGCUGCAUGGAAUUGGAAAAUAUGGGAAUGAUUCUUACAGAAUCUUCUGUGUCAACGAAUGGAAAGAGGUGCAGCCACAGGAUCACAAGCUAAACAUAUAUCAUGCAUGGCUCUGGGAAAAUCGUGAGAAACUAAGUAUAGAUUGAAGAGAAACGGUACAACCUCAUUUACAACCUGCUGUCUCUGUGAAGUGGAUAUCCUUAAACUGUUGUUCUGAUCGUCCACCUCUUAAUCUAAAUAUUCGUGUAACAUAUCACACUCAGGUAAUCAUUGUAAUAAAAUGACAUUUAAAAACUUCAAAUU